AAGUUGACUUCGCUUUAUCAAUUAAACGAUGUAUCGCAAUGUCAAAAUUAAUAAAAUAAUAAUUUUUAUAAAUGACAACAUUCUGUUUAAUAAUAUCAAAAAACUAAACUCAUCAAUAAAUAAAAUAACAACUAAAUUAAUCAUUAACAAUAAUAUAAAAAUAAAUAAACAACAUUGUGUUAAAAGAAAAAAUAAAUAAAUGUGUAUAAUUAAAAAAAAGAAAAAAAAAAAAAAAAACAAAUUUAUAAAUAAAUUGUAAUUAAGAGAAAAAUAAAUAAACAUUUAACUUUGAAAAUAAUAAAAAAACAUUAAAAAGUGAUUGAGUUAUCAUCUUAUCAGUUGAACAACAAGUACCUGUUUUAAUCUACAAAAAAAAAAACAUUAUUACAAAGUUCUUUUAAUAUAUUUAACAAAUAAUAAUUAUUAAUUUUGCUAUUAUCAAUAAAUUUUUAAUAUAAAAAAUGCCACUAACAUCAAAUAAUGCAAAACUUUGGUCAAUAUUUUUAAUUGGUAUUGGAAGUUUUGUCGUUGGUAUUGUACCAGCAUGUUUUAUAAAAAAACGACAUGGUGUACAAAAAAAAUUAUUAUUAUCUGCGCUAUUAUGUUUUGGUGGUGGUGUACUAUUAGCCACAUCAUUACUUCAUAUGUUACCAGAAACAAGAGAAUCACUACCACAUUAUGCUGAGUUAAUACUAUCAUGUGGUUUUUUUAUUCUUUAUUUUGUCGAUGAAAUUGCACAUUAUUAUUGGAUUAAAAAUGGAUCAUCAAAUAGGCAUGAAUUUGAUAAUCAUAGUCAAUCAAAUUUAGUGAGACAAUCACGUCACAGUGUUUAUGAUUCUCCAAGAAAUUCUGAUGUUGAUACAAAUAUUUUAAGUGCAACUGAUACAAAUUUUUUUGGUAGAAAAAAAAGUGUUUAUAGAUAUGGUAGUGUUAUACCAACAGCACCACCACCACCACCCCCAACACUAUUUAAUGAAAAUGAAAAUAUAUUUUCAUGUCAUGGCACACAUAAUGAACCAUGUGCUGAAUCAAAUGCUGGACAUAUUGGUCUUGCAAUUGCAUUAACAAUACACUCAGUACUUGAAGGUCUAGCGGUUGGUUUACAACGUAAAAGUGAUGAAGUUUUAUUACUUGUUGGUGCUGUUAUAUCACACAAAUUUGUCGUUGCAUUUUGUCUUGGUUUAGAGCUGGCUGAAUCAUCUGGUAGUCUUUGUAGUUAUAUCUGUGCAAUGAUAUUAUUUUGUGGUGGUUCAUCAGUUGGUAUUGCCAUUGGAAUGAUGACAUUUGAGAUUAAUCCAUUUUGGGAAAAUAAUAUUAUGCCAACAAUGCAAGGACUCGCUGCUGGUACUUUGCUUUAUGUAACAGUCAGUGAAGUGUUACCAAGAGAACGAGCAAAAUGGCACAAUAGUCCAAAACGAUCAGCUGGUAUUGUACAAUUUUUAUCAGUUAUUUCUGGUUUUACUAUCAUGUAUUUUAUCAAUGAAUACAUUGAACAUAAUCAUCAUUAAUACUUGAACAAAUAAAGCUACAUACAAAUUUAUUAUUCAAUAAAUUAAUUAUCAAUUACUUCAAUGAAAACAUUUAACAUCAAUAAAUGAUAACUAAAUUAAAUUUGUUUUUAUUUUUUUUGGUGAUAUUUGUGGUAGUAAUUGUGUUUUUGAUGGUGAAGUUUCUCUAACGAGAGUCUGUAAUCGACUUUGCAGUAGAGCCAAUUCCAUUCCAGCACCAACUAGUUAUUUUUAAAUAAUAAAUUUUAUUUUACAUU